AUGAACUAUCCACGCGACCCACCAGAGGCCGUAGAUGCAGUGAUAGGAUUUCGCGUGGAAUGCCACGACAAAAACUGUGGCUUUGUUGUUAGCCAACACUCACUCAACUUGAGCAGCAUUCGACCUCGUUGUUACAUAUCUGACGACGACUUCUGGCAGGCUGCCGAGUGCCAUCUACUCUGGAAGCGUAUUAGAACGCCAUUCGUCUCAUUCUUCAGAUCAUGGGAGAGGGCUCUGAAUUGGAGGAAACACCUUAUCGAGAAAGGGGGCAGGGGCAUCAUGAUUGUUGCGGUUUGGUUGAAAGACUUGUCUGGAGUCUAUGAUGCAUACAAUAUCGCACAACGUCUUCUAGCCUGUCAAGGCCCGAUGUCAAGCAAUGGCCUGCGACGGAACCUCGAUAAAUUUCGUGGAGAACUGCUCGUUCAAGGUGGCAUCGACUACAUGGGAUACAGAAUCAUGGCCUGCUUCCAGGGCGACAACCCCGAGAUCGAAAGACAAUCGAUAUCACCACUACUCGGAUUUCCUGAGCACAAACUUACUGUAGAUAUUCCCAGAGGAACUCUGCCGGUAUACGGCAAUUCUAAGCUGAGCAUCGCCCAGAAAUUGGAGUACGAAAUGUUGAGCCUCACGGGGGUUCGAAACGAUGCCAAGCUGUGCGUAUUGAUACUCGCAAUGUGCGACUGCGAAAUGGAAAUGGAGGCGGAAAACAAAAAGAUGACGAUAAAGGCUACAGAGUACUACGGAAACUACUUAUCGAAACUUGUAUCUCGCAGUUGUAACUACUAUUUCGACGUUUAUUAUUAG